GGUUGCAAACGCGAGAUCGGAAUGUCGUGCGUCGAACAGUAGUAGUACUCCGACAUAUACUCAAUACCCUGAACAAUCAGAACGGUCAUACUACAAUAGCAGAGUCAUACUGUCAUCAACUGAAACUAAACCGCAAGGAGGAUCCAGAAGCAUGGACAACUCCACCUACGUUCCAAACCCAGGACAUCUGAACUCACCCGCGCUUGUGGUGUUUUCUCAAGCCGCCGGCGGUCUGCAGGAUGCUCUCCGCAUCCAAAGGCCCUUCAAUCCACAGUUUCAGAUGUCGGAGGCGAGCAAGGAGUUGCAUAGACCCUACUCGGCGACGGGGUUUGGUCUUCGGCACAUGGAGGCAUACGGAGGGCUUCCAGCUCAUAUUCUAAACCAUUUGCCGCCGCAGUUCUUGCAUCCCGGUCUUUCGCUAGGAUCUGGAGCUUUCCGACCUUUGGGAGAUCUGAAGACGUUCCCGUCGCCGUCGGCGUUCGCGCCUCCCAAGUGCUUGAAAAUUGAGACCGGUAGUGACGUGCACGGCAACCACGGCCACGGCAUCUUCUCCCCGUCGGACGAGAGGUUCCUUGGUCCGAGCCCAAGAACCGACUCUUGCUCCCCGGCGAGCGCCUCCAUGUCCCCGCAGCCCCAAGGUAACCUAGGAGCCGUCAAGGAAGAGAGUCUCGACGCCCAGAUGUCCGAGGAUGGCGAAGCACCGCACUCUGCCCAACAGGCAGACAACGACUCCCCCGGCAUCCACGAGGACAACAGAGGCUUCCGACUCGGUCCUUUGUUUGGGGGCGGCUUCGGGAACGGUGCAUACGCGUUCAGCAUGCCGGGACUACCGCCGGCCGCCCACGCCAUCGCCAAGAGCAGCUUCCUCUUCGACCACGACAUUGCAGUUAAUAAAAAGAAACGGGAUCCAUCAAGCUGUCCGGUGUGUGGUCUUACAAUCCCACCAGGUGAUCUGGAGACGCACUUCAUGCACGAAUUGGAGAGACUGUACAAGCUGAAUGGAACUGGUAUAGCGGCUGGAAGGAAGAGGGCUCAUGAACCAGGCAGGCCACCAGCGCUUCCUGGCGAUAGCGGUCCUGAGGGCCGUUGGGAGACGUUCCAAAGAAUAAAAACGAACAGACAGGGCAGAUUGAGGAUCAAGAUCCGCAAACGGAAGACGGACGAUUGUCUGAUUUGCAUCGACCGCGUGCACCGAACUCCAGAGGAGAUGAAUAUGCAUGCCCAGCAGUGUCUCAGAAAGAAUGUGGGCCACGAUGAGGAUGAGACCGUUGAUGUCGAGGGCGAUUCCGAGUUCGAGGAAUGGGCGGAAGGGCAACGCCGGAGGACGAACUCCCUAAUAGCUGGGUGGUUUCGUUUAGGGGCGACGCCAAGUAGCACGGGCAGAUUGAGCGCUGAUGUGGACGGCGAGGGGGACGAUGUCAUCGUGGACGGGGAUGAACCGGAGGAGUCCACAUUUGGACCUACACAGUACACCGAAUCCGACGUGGUGAUAAAGCUGAAUGAAGACAAGAAGGAGGAUAGCGAGGGUGUGCAAUCUCAAGUGGCGACGGUGAAUUCGAGCGGAGAUGUCGAGGUGAAGCUCGAAAGCCACGGGCAACAAUGUGAUAGUAAUGUAAGCACAUCGGAUGCGGAACCUAGCAGCAGAGCUCAGAUGAUUGAAGAGCUUAGGAAUCGCAUACGUCAGUUGGAAGCCGAAGGCAACGGAGAGAUGGCCACCACCACGGACCCGGAAGACUACAAAUGUUUAAUAUGUCUAGAACAUUAUAAAAAGCCCGUUAUAUCCACCGUCUGCUGGCAUGUGCAUUGCGAGGAAUGCUGGCUCCACACUCUGGGUAGCAAAAAGGUUUGCCCCCAAUGCAGCAUGAUAACGUCCCCAACAGAUCUUCGCCGGAUCUUCAUGUAAAUCCUCCUCCGAUUUCAAGAACUUUAAACUCAUCAUAAGCUACUUUGUUUUUAUCUGUUGCUGACUAGAGUAAUGUCAUUGUGUAAUACAAAACGAAAAAUAAUAUUUCGCACACCGUACUUAUAUUUGCACCUAUAUUGUAGUCUAGAGACGUAAUAGCAUAACACUUUUCUCUUCUCUCUCAAAAAAAAAUAAGAAAAAAAAACAUAUAUGUAUGUAUGUAACAUUUGCAUUAUUCAAUAUUUAAAAGAAGAAAACUCAUAUUGGUGUGCUGUUCCUAAAACGUUGUCCCAAACAUUAAUUUUAAUGAUUAUAAAACCGCCUCCUCCCCACAUUUUCUGCAUUUGCCCUCCCGUUGUUUUAUUUGAUUUGUUU